CGGCCUCAGACGUAUAAAACAGCUGUUUCAGCAGCGGGGCAGUAGUUCACCAUGGCCCCCCCCAAAAAGCUCCUGGUCGUGUCCUACCUGGCUGUGCUGCUGGUUUUCGUGGACGCCUCCUCCUCCUCCUCAGGCAAAAGAGGGAUUUUCCAUGCAGACCUCAGUCGUCCAGAACUGACAGAUCUGUACAACAGCCGGGUGAUGUCAGCAGAGAAGAUGACGAGACGAAUGGGGUCCAGCUCCUCUGGAUCCGGUAUCUUCAGUCACAGCGGAGUUCGACUGACGCUGGAAGACGGCUCGCAGUGGCUCGUCCAUAAAGGCGACGGAUACGGCGACACUUCAGAGACGGUGGCAACAAGAGCGAGCGGCAUGAGCUCCGACUGGAAGGUGACCCAGACGAAGGACAUCCACGGCUCACAGAGAGUGGCGGACUACGUGCGGGCCGGAGGCUCCGACUACAACCUGAUUACGGACAACUGCCACCACGCGUCUGGCCGGAUGAUGAAGCUGGGAGGCUGAUCCUCCCCCAGUGGAUCUCCUUCACCAAGGAGUCCGUCUUCUUCAUCCAGGAGGUGCAGCUCCGGCUCGGUCCGGGCUUUCCAGAAUCUUCUGAGAUCUUCCUUAAAUGUCUUAAAUGGUGGCUGGCUGACCUCUGCUCUGCUGCAUGAGUCUCCGUUUCUGUAGCUGCUCUCCCUGAAAAGGCUUUUAUCCUCACAAACAUUUGGUGAAAUAAAAAUAUGAAUCCCA